UCCCUUUGUUUCCAAAACAAAGCGACAGCAACGACCAAGACGGACUCAACACUUGAAGUGAAGCUGCUGCUGGGAGGCCUGUCCUCUCCUAUAUCCUGCGAUGAGUGACUGGACGCGCUUCAAGGACCAGCUCGACGGCCACUAUGCAAAACUCCAUGCCCUCCACCAACAACUCGGCGGCGAACACCACGAUUCAGCCGCCACCAUCUUACACGUCGUUGAAGCGGCCCUCGACGCGUCUCUCGAUGCAACACGUCAAGAAUGCGAUGCCGUCAUUGCAGAUUGUCGUGCCAUGCAGUCAGAUAUGCAUCGUAUGCGUAUUGCAUUGGGCGAAACCUCUAUCAUCCUACAAGGACUCGAUGACCCAUUCUCUCAGGGUGCCGAGGAGAUUCCCAUUCAAGCACCACUGCUGCAUAGUCAAAAACUCAUCCAUGCAGAAUGGCAAGCUGUGAAGCGUGCCUUUCUUGAACGCGCAGACAAGGUGCUUGCGUUGUAUACGAAACUCCAAGCCUUUGUUGGGUUGGUAUCGCCGGAUGUGAUUCACCUCACCAUCCCCGAUUUGAGUGCAGCAGGUCCACCUGAAGAUGUGAGUCUUUUGAAGCUCGGUCAAAUUGAAGCGGCAUUGUCACGAUGUAGUCGUGAUGUACAGCGUAGGAAACGACAAGUCCAGCAAUACGGCAAGGAAAUUGUUCAGCUAUGGGCAGAACUCGCGGUAGAAACCUCACAACUCUCCUCACAACUCGAUCAGCAAAUCAUGUUGGAUAGUCAGACGAACCCGGAAGUACUCGGGUUGACGGAUGAAGCCAUUGCUGUGCUUGAACAAAAACGCAGUGUGCUCCUGCAGCAAAAAGAAGAACGUGCUGCAAAGAUUCAAACGGCAACCGUCACGGUUCGUAUGCUGCAUGCAAAACUCAAGCUACACCCACAAGAACUCACCAUCUUCCUGUCUCGUACACGCGGCGCGUCACAAGUGGCAGUCGAACACUGUGAGCGUGAAUUGGAACGUCUUGCAAUCCUCAAAAAGGAUCAUAUCGAGGAAUUUGUUCGAGAUUCACGCAUGGAGCUCGAAGCACUCUGGGAUCAACUCUUGCUCGGUGAAGAACAACGUCUGCAAUUUGAGCCAUUCUUUACAGCCGUUUAUACGGAUGCGAGUUUACUUGCGCAUGAGCAUGAAAUCACACGCAUCCAACAAGUCCUUGCAGAACAAGCGCCAUUACUCACGCUCAUCCAGCAACAUAUGCAGCUCGACACUGAACGACAAGAACUUGCGGCCAUCACAUCCAACCCCAAUAGAUUCAGAGAACGCGGCUAUAAUCCCAUGGCUGAAUCAAAACUCCGCAGUAAAGUUGAGAAGCGUCUACCAAAAGCAGAAGCAGCAUUGAGAGAAGCACUCGCUGCCUAUCAAACCCAGCAUGGCGAACCAUUCUUGGUAUGGGGAGAAUUAUACCUCGAUGGCGAUAGUCCACCUGCUGCAUCUCUUGCAGGUAGUACAGGCCAUGCCUCAACACGACCGAAAACAGCAACAGCUCCCUUUCAAGCGCCUGCAAUGCAACCGCACACAAAAGCAAGACCCCGUACACCUGCUGCGACGCUUAUUAGACCUGCGACGAUUGCUGCAGGGACACCAGCGACUACGGCGAGUAGUGUCAACAGACAUAGCAAUGGUCGUCAAUUAUCUGGCGAAGUGCCAUCGAGUGGUAGUUCAGGAACAAGUGGUCUUCGGCAUGCGGCAUUGAGUAAAUCUGUGGGAAGUCGGUCGAUAGGUACACCCAUUCGUCCUGGCCUGAAUGGAUUGACCCAUGUGGCUCAAACGGAGAGUGCAGCAAUGCGAACGAUGCCUGGUGGAAGUAUGUCACGCAUUUCUGGGCCAACGAGUAUGCCGAGACCGACGCAGACGAGCGCGCUCAAGGAACGACCACAUGCCAAUGUCAGCAAGAUUCCUGGACCGCCUGCAGUCUUGCAGAAACCCACCAUGGUGCCGCUUGUGAAACAAGUCGUUGAAUCAGCUGCUCUUGAUGUUGAGGCGAAGAGUGAGGUAGCGACUGAGGAGGUUGUAGCGAAGCAAGAAAAGACACGAUUCAGCUUUACGCCCGUUGCAGCGCAAGUAGCUCUUGGUAUGGCGAAUCCUGGACUGCAUCAGGUUGAUGAGGCUAGCUUUGAGGACGGCUGGGGUGGCGAGGGAUUCUGAUUGAACUGGCGAAACAAAGAUAACUUUACCGUGCUAUUUCGUUUCUUCGACAGAAAACAAUGAGAAGACCGUCCCUAUAAUUGAAGUUAUCUUGCGAUGGUGCUUUGGCAGACUCACGAGUCAAGUCAGUGAGAUACGGGCGCCAAUAAUCGGGUAUUGAAAUGAAAAUAUUAGUCUGAGAUGAGUCUUGACAUCCACCUUGGCGGCACCGAAUGACUUUGGAAUGACAAAUCGUACACGUUGCAGUUUCAAGUUGUUGUGCGCUCAGGCUUCUGCAUCAAGCACUUCAUUUGACGCAAGCUGACCAAAGAUACGAUGACCUGUCCUCAAUUCUCCAGGCACGCUCCAAAAUU